AUGGCGAAUUCAUUUCUGCCAUGGAAUGGUUGUAUGGAGAUGAGUGGAGCAGCUGGAGCAGGAGGAUUUAGUGUUGGAGAUCGUGAAAGUAAGUUUCCAAAUGAGCAGCAGGAGAGGGGGCAUGAGAUUGUGAAACAAAGAGUACGGAAGAGCGGGAAAUCAAGCGGUUCUGUGCCGAAGAAACCGCCUCAAAGAGGACUGGGAGUGGCGCAGCUAGAACGGUUGAGGCUUCAGGAGCGCUGGAAGAAGAUCACCGAGUUCGACAAUGCUCAACGAGCACCUCGCAACAUCCAUGAUCAUCAGUUCCUCCACCAUCAAUAUCAAUUCCCAUUACCUUUCGCCGAUCAUCAGAAUGGGGUUUCUGUUCCAUACUCAAGGUUCAGUACUCCUGUCAACUUUGGAGGAUUCACUAGUCAUGAUAGCCAUUCUAACUCGCAGCCUUCCCUUCUUCAUCCGUCCAGGUUCUCCAAUGGCGCUUUCUCAGCGACUCCCGGAACUCCCGUUGGCGCCCGAUCUAUGUUUCCCGAUCAUUGUCAGAUGGAUCGGCUGAGGGUAGCCGCUAAGGAACCGAGGUUUCAGAGCGGGAAUCUACAUCUGUACGAGACUAGUAAAGAGCUCUCUUCAACCCAAACCCAAAACCAAACGAUGCAUUGCUUGUCUGAUCAGUGUGACAUCUGUAAGAAGAAGCACAUCCAUGGCGGAAAUCUAGGGUCUAACUAUAACGUAGGGCCAAGAAAAUAUCCUGACACAAUGCUGUCUAUCGGAGACAAACGCGAUUAUCUCGGUUGGAAUCUGAGAACCAACAGGUCCAUCAAUGGUGAGCAGCAACAAGAUAUCGGCGUGAAUGUGAAUCCGGCCACUUUUUCAGCACCCGGCGUUCAUGAGCAAGAAGAAGAAGCCUCAGAGAUUCAUCCUCGGGGAAAGGCUGUGGGAGGAAGCAGCGUAUUGGAGUACCAGUUUUUCCCAAAGAAAGUUGACCCAAAUAGUGUCAACCACAGUAGCAGCAGCAGCAGCAGCUACUGCAACAAUGGAUCUGGUGGUUGCUCUUACUAUUAUACUGACUUCUUCAAUACUGGAGUUGCUGCAGCGGGUGAAGCUUCUGCUACGACUGAUACUACUAAUUCGCUUGAUUUGUCCCUCAAACUUUCCUUGUAG